AUCAUUAAUCAUAGAUUUGAUUAACAGUGCAUCUAAAUCUGGUUCCUUGAGUCUUACUUCAAUUUCAAGUCUUCACCUUUCCUUGUUAUCCAGCACAAAAAAAUACGCACGCACUUCCCUCGCUGUGAUCGAGUUCUCGAAUCGGAGCAUCAAUGGCGUCUGCGGAUCUGGAGGCGAAGGCCAAAGAAGCGUUCAUUGAUGAUCAUUUUGAGCUUGCCGUUGACCUUUACUCUCAGGCGAUUGCUUUGAGCCCUAGCACCGCUGACCUCUUCAUCGACCGUGCUCAGGCUAAUAUCAAACUCCACAACUUCACCGAGGCUGUUGCUGACGCAAACAAAGCAAUUGAGUUGGAUCCUUCAAUUCCGAAAGCAUAUCUGCGCAAGGGCGCUGCAUGCAUCCAGCUUGAGGAGUACCAGACUGCUAAGACAGCAUUGGAACAUGGUGCAACUUUGGCACCUGGAGAUUCCAGGUUUACUAAAUUGAUCGAAGAAUGUGAUCAGCGUAUUGCAGAGGAAGCUCAAGAACUGCCUACACAACUGGCUGGAAAACCUUCAACAGGUGUGGUUACUCCAAAUAUUUUGCCACCAGCAGUUGAAUUGUCCAGCCAAGAAAAGGCAGCAUCUUGUACUAGGCCGAAAUACAGGCAUGAAUUCUAUCAAAAACCAGAGGAAGUUGUCGUAACAAUAUUUGCAAAGGGCAUACCAGCAAACCAUGUUGUGGUUGACUUUGGAGAACAAAUACUUAGUAUUACCAUUGAGGUUCCUGGUGAAGAGGCAUAUCAUUUUCAACCUCGGUUAUUUGGAAAGAUAGUUCCUUCAAAGAGUAAAUAUGAAGUCAUGUCUACGAAAAUCGAGAUCAGACUUGCCAAGGCAGACGCUGUACACUGGACAUCCCUUGAAUUUAGGAGGGAUGUUGCUGUAGUCCAAAAAGUGAAUGUACCGACAGGCAAUGAGAAACCCACAUAUCCCUCAUCCAAACCGAAACGAGUAGAUUGGGAUAAACUCGAAGCUCAAGUAAAAAAGGAGGAAAAGGAUGAAAAGCUUGAUGGUGAUGCAGCAUUGAACAAGUUUUUCAAAGACAUAUACAAGGAUGCAGAUGAAGACACAAGAAGAGCAAUGAUGAAAUCAUUCGUAGAGUCUAACGGAACGGUCCUAUCAACAAACUGGAAAGAAGUUGGCGCGAAAAAGGUUGAAGGAAGUGCUCCUGAUGGCAUGGAGCUGAAGAAAUGGGAACACUAAAGUAUGGCUUUGGUUCCCCUCCCACGCAAUAUUUUUGAUUAUUUGUCGAAGUUGCAUUUGUUGUGAAGUAGUCCGUAUAUUAUUCUCUUUGCUCUGAACAAAACUUUGACACUUUGAUUAGUUGUAGCUGUUUUUAACUGGACUCCUUCAUUAAAUUUAGCUUGUCCUUUUCUAUUGGCUGGUUGCAGUUGAGCCGUCGUUUGCUGUAUUUAUAUGGUUAAUAAAUCGAUUUUGUUCCUCUUUUA